AAAAUCAAAAUCAAAAUGGGACCAAAAGAAGCACACAGUAUUAAUCGAACGUCCUGUGUAGCGUGGUUUUUUGUACUAUGUGGAGCAGUUCUUAUCACCACAGCAACAGCUAAUCCAUAUUGGCGUGGCCGCACUGAGCAACAUGAAGGAAUAUUUCAAAGAUGUAUAAAAGAUAAAUGUAACAGUAUUAAAGUAUUCAGCGGAGAAGACAAAGAAUUAGACGUUAUCCGGAUAAUGCUAGUGAUUGGUUUAGGAUACAUUGUUCUCGCUAUGUUUCUUGGAAUAUUAUCAGUAGCUUCGUCUGCAUACGUUGCUGUUUUAAAAUGUCUUGCAGUCAUCCACAUCACCAUCAGCCUAUCCAUCUACACAUUCGCAUUCGUAAAUGGAAGCAUGACGUUGCUAUGGUGCUUCUACACAGCCUGGGGCGGAGUUGGACUGUAUUUUAUUGGCCUCGUUUUGCUGUCAUCAAAGAUAUUGCUCAGUAGACAAACAAAAGAAGAAGACAGUGGGAUAAUAGAAAACUUGUAUGCACAAUAAAAUUGGAAAUUUCCACAGCCUUCCUUAAUUUUCUAAAAAUUCUAUUUCUGUUUUGGGUGAAAAUAAAUUAAAAUUUUUGA